UUUCUUUUUGACAUUAAGGACAUUCCAUAGCUCCAGUGAAGUUAAAGCAAAUUCGAAAAAAGCAAGUUAUAACCUUUUGUUUCUUAAAGUCAACUUUUUAAUCCUUUCAAUAAGUUCGUGUUGUGUCGGCAUUCAAGUUUCGUGUCUUCGUAGUUCUUUUUUGAUCCAUAGAAAGGUCGAGAAGCGGCGUUGAGACUUGAGUCGCAAGAACGAGCUAGCUUCGUCAACUGUUGCUUCACCACCCCAGUUUGCCGUGGACUUUCAAGAUGGAUGCGCACCCGAGAUAGGUUUCUGUUUCUUUUUCGGAUCUUACAGCGAAAUGUGCCGCACCAGUGCGUGAGGAAGCACGUGGGAGAACAGAAAAAGCCUUUUAAACCCAAAACCUUCGUGUCGACUGAGACGAAACAAAGUUACAUUUAGAACGAAAAUCGAAGCUUUGACCUGAUCGGACUGCGAGCUGCUUUUUAACUUCCUGGUUUGUUGGAUUAUUAUGCCAUUUAAAACUGCUGGAAACGCGCUGGUGACUCUGAGAUUUGUGUUAUUUAAAGGACACAUGGCAUGGAAUAAAGCGGCCGGAACGUUUAAACAGAGAAAAAACAGUUUUCUUCAAAGAGGAAAGAGGGAAAGGCAGGUUUCCUAAACUAUGGAAAGUGGAACUGUUGGUGCCUCGUGUAAAGGUGUUUUAAUACCUGUGUCAGAAUCUACAGACACAUUUCAGAAAACCAUCUUGAAUGCUCUCCAAAGUGCACACCUGUAUGAGGAGUCAAAGCAGUUUUUCAGAUACAAAUCUGCUGUUCUAGUAAAGAAUCCUGCAUUGGAAGAAAAGUACAAUGCCUUCCGGGCAAAGAGGAAAAAUGCAGGAUACACAGAGGACGAGCUCAAAGAAUCGUAUGGAUUUCUGCUUUUCGACGAUGCCAGCAAGGCUAAUGCACUCGGAGAAACUGGUGUGCUCGCUGGAAACAGCACAUGUACAAUUCUAGGAGAUCCGACAAAGGGUAUUUAUAUCUCGAUGUACUCCGACUGCUUGGAUCAAAAUCGCUGGUAUCAUGGGAAAUCUGGAUACAUUGCCAUCAUCAAAUUGACAAAGGGAAAAGUAAAAAAAGUUUUGGAAAACUACACAGAGAAGUUUACAGAACCAACAGUGGGGUUUGACUGCCAUGUCUCAGAACAAUUAGCCUCUGUGUCUGCCAAAACCAGCUCCUUUCUUGCCUUUGAGAGAACUCAGUAUUAUAUAUACGAGCUAUUAGACGAUGGAAGCAACAGAACUGAGCUGUCGCCUGCUGCUUCCUGUCCGUUCGCAGUUGUAUCAUUCUCAUACACAGAUACCAAAGCAACGCCAUUUGUUCAACAAGAGAAAAGUGAACUAGGAAAACAGGUUUGUCAUCACAUACCUUGGAGAGGAAAGCUUCAAAUUGGAAGCAAGUUCUACAACGUUGACUUGAGGUCAACUGCAAGGGCUUUCCUUCCCACCACAUUGCCACCAGUGGUGAAAGUUGACGUCGCUUCUAUGUCAGAUGUGCAACGGCUGCUUCCAAGAGCUGUUUUUGAAACCUCCUUCACCGAUGAGGCUUUUUUUGACAACCUUUAUUGCACUUUAUGUGAUCUGGUGCUCUCUGAGGCAGAAGACAGUAGCUCAUUUGAUCAACUUCUGUUGGAGAUAAAGGAGCGAGAUCUUGCUUUGACCAUUUCCUUAAAAGAAAAGGGUUUUCUCAUCCUGUUGCAUUCAUCCCACUUCCUGAGAUAUGAAGACACAGAGUUCACUAAUGCAGGGCUACUGCAGGGCGUUUUUGUGUUUCCAGAGUCUUUAGCUAUCAGGCCAGAUACAAAACCUGUUGUGAAAGGGCCAGCAGUGUCAUCAGAGAUCCUUCAGAUUCUGCCCGUCCUGAGUUAUGCCGAGAGCGAACUUGAAAAAACAUUAAUGAACCAAGACCAAAAGCUGUGUGACGUCUUGUUGGAGCACAUGCAGAGCUAUGCUACACUAAUAAAUCCAGGACUGGCAACAAGCCCCUCCAGGGAUGUCAGCAUGUUUCCAGACCAAUAUGAUGUUGCUGAAGCCCAUAGGCACAUCUAUUCUAAACCUGAAUGGACUUGUAACGCGUGGCAGAGCUUAUCAUCGUAUAUGAGCAAACCAGAAACAUUUCAACUCCCGUUAGCCACAGUUUUAGAAAUCCUGGCAGCAAGACAAGCGGAUCAAAGAGAAGAGCUUGAUGACGAUGUGUACAUUUGUUUGUCUUCACCUGAGGAGACACAAGCACACCAUCUUGACUUGGAUGUUGAAGACGAGUUACCGCACCAGCAGUCUCCUGUCAGUAUUGAGAAGUCUUUGGACAUUGGUGUGCCAAAUUCUGAGACACAUCUUGACGUUACAACUGUUCCUGAGAAUUUUUCACCAUCUGAUGUUGCAAAAGACAGUAAAAGUUACAGAAGCUUGAUUGAACAGGACCAAGCUGAUUCAGGAAUAAGUAUUUGUCCGACAUUGGAAGAUCUUCCCGCCGAGCUCAUCGUUAGCAUCACCUCUGCUGAGCAAAGUGUCAUCAGUCCAGUACCAGCUGCUAAUCCCAACAACUUUCAGUUCUCUGGGUUCUCAACUGGAGACUCAUUUCCAUCAGUGGAUGAGAAGUCUCUCAGUAAAGAGACGGAAAAAAUUAAGAAAGUUUUGGACUCUUCUGAGGUUUCACAAAGAGUUUCUGUUUCUGCCAAUCUCACAGGAAAAAAACAGAAACAGCGCAGAGGGUUUAUCAAAGCACUGGAGAACACUUCCAAACCUUGCAAUGAUGCUUACAGUUUACCUGUUGGUGUAACACCAAUGGAGGUUGAUGGUUUGAACUACAGAACAGAUGAACACACUAAGGAGAUGGAUCACCCACCAUUGCGGGAUUCCUCCAAAACAAAUUGGAGGAGAUUCCACAAACGUAAGCGAAUAUUUGGAAAGCUAAAAAGGAAAAAGGCAAUACUCACCACUGAACAGAAAAUAGACUCUGGAAAGCUGGCAUUGGGAAGAACAAUUUUAACUGAAAGUGAAGCUUUCUCUCUGAAAAGGAAAACUGAACGGUGGGACCUCAAGCCAAUCAUCAGUAUCUGUGGGAGAAUCCUGGUUCCUCAUGGUUCAGGACAAGUUGAUGAUCUAUUAAAGUCUUUCAAUGUCAAACCUCAAAUUGGCGAAGGGAAAAACUGUCCUGAAAACUUGCUACAUGGGGACUCUCUGAAAACUCUCAACCCAACAGAAAUAGAGCAAGACUCUGACAUUUCUUCACUGACAGUAGAGAAAACCAAAGCCACAAAAUCAAUUUUUGAGGAGAACCAUCAUCUUUCAGCCGAUUCAAGUCUGGAACAGAGUCAUUGUGAAGAUUUAGUGGCUUUAGCUUCAAACACAAGUGCAACUUCUUUAGAGAACAAUGAUACCAAUACUCUUUUACAGCAAACACAGGAGAAAAAAACUGAACUAUUUUCUCCCACAAAGAUGACAACAGAAGGUGAAGUUCUAGAUAGACUAAAAACUGCUCUUUCAAAAAGAAAAGCCAAAACUGGUCAUCUUGAGACAUCAGAGAAGAUGGAAAACUCAACCCAGGAUAUUGAACCCUGUGUUAAAAAGGUAAAAGUUCAGUCUGAAGAAGCAAAAUGUGAAACUGCAUCAACACAGGAGACAAAGGAUAAUGAUGCUGGCGUUGAAAAGAUGCUGUCAGUGGACCCUAGCUUUGCUUUUGCCCUAGGACUGACUCAAAAAAUUAGUCCUAAAGAGGGUUUGAGUAAGCAGGACCAGGAGGCUCAGCAAAUAAAAGGUCUAAAUGAUGACCAAGAACGAACCUCACUUGGGGUCACAAAUACUCUCCCAAUAACAUUGACAAGGAGGCACAGGAUUAAAAGGCUCAAAAAGCAUGAAGGCAUCACUGCAGAACAUGUAAAGAAAAAAUGGUGGCUGCAUUUUCAAACUCCAGCUUUUAAUGACAGUGACAAAGUCCAAAACAAUGACUGUACUAGAGAUAUGUCUGUCAGGAAGACUGUUGAGAAAGACAUGAACAGUUCAUGCUCAUCUACAGAUGCUUUGAACUUGCUUGCUGACUUGGCUCUCAGUGUCAGUAAUGACCAGGUUCUACUGCAACCAAAUCCAUCAGUUGAGAGAGAACUUGAGAGGUGUGACCUUGCAGAAAGUCUUCCACGUUCUGAACAAGAGUCAGUUCUUCACGCUCUGCUUAAAAACCCUGCUGUUAGUCACAAGCAGCCUCUUGAGCCAUCUCCUCCUGCCCCUCUUAUGAAAGACAAUGAGGUUGUUGAUUUGGUUUUUGCAGAACACGCUUAUUCACAGCCCCCAUCUUCCUCUCCAUUGUUGGGUUUGUCAGGUACACCUUUAGGUGUUUCAACCAGAGUGCUGCAAGACCAAUCUAAGUGUGCUGAUGAAGAUAGAACACUACCUGCUUCUGCUGUUCCAGAACACAAAGCUUCAGAUUACCUGCACAAACAUAAACAAAAGUUCAGAAACUUUCGUUCCGUUUUCAUAAAGGAAGGAUCCAUUCAAGUAACGAGGCAAUGGCAAGAACACUAUGACUUUAAUCUGGACAGCAAGUUCACAAGUGACCCAAAGAUCACAGUAGUCACUCGAGCUUUACAUGGGCCAUGGAAUUCCCCCUUUCAAGACACUAGUGAAGAAGUGCGACUCAUCUUUCAUAUGUGGAUAGGCCUAUUUUACAGUCGGACUACAGCCAGGUUUUUUAAUGUUGACUCUCAAUUUAUGCCCUCAUGUUUGGAGAGUUACUCUUUGAAAGUUGCCAACGAGAUAUCAGCCCCAGUUAACCCUGAAACUAUAAUCACCUCAUCUGCGUCUUUUGUGAAUCAUCACACUUCACACUCUAUGGAACCAAGAGCUUUGAAUCUCAGCAAAGACGAGAAUGCCAUCUUGAAACCAGAAGCUGAGAUCCUUGAUUUGUCAGUAAGAAGCUCCAGUGCAAAGUCUGGCUUUUUAAAGCCACAGGUUCAAAGGAAUGUGAACUCAUUUUCCAAUAAAAAGACUGGGAUGUCAAGAAAAUUCAAGAGGAGCAAGUCAUCAGUGAAACUUCAAGAGUCAAGCAUAUCGAAGGUUGAAAAACACCAUAAGCAUUUCACAGAAAAUGCAAGUGAAAUUGAAAAAAUGGAUACUCCAAAAGAUGUUUGCCUGGAUCACACGGAUGUUACAUUUUUUGAGAGUAAUGGGAUGCCCAUUGUUCUACAAAAUGAUUUUGGAAAGACAACGGAAGCUUUCUUGGAAUACAGAAAGGUCAUGGAUAAAGGCUAUGAAGAUGGCGCUUGUGUGAGCAAUUUUGAGCGUACACAAGCUUCAGAGGAGCGCUUGAGUAAAUUGGAAUUUUUUAAUUCUGUGCCUAACAAAAGUGGAGACAUCGUUGAAACACGGGAUCUGCUUUGUUUGAAUGACAACGAUCCAAAGCAACUUGUCAUUGAAAAAUCCUGCCCGAUGACAACAAAUGUGAAGCCUUCGCUAAAAGCAAUUACAGAAAAAUGUACUUCUUUAGAUGAAGAAGAUACAGCCUUGAAGGAAAAUUAUUUGAAAAAUGACCAGUGGUUUUCAAGAGAAGGAUGUGUGGCAGCCUUGCCAAAACAAAAGAAUGAUCUAAAUGGACAUGUGGAUAUGAAAGGAGAGUUUCAAGUUCAGGAUCACCUGAAGGAAAAUGGACUUGAUGAGAAAACAUCUUGCAUUUCCCCCGUGGAAGUUGAUCAGGAUUUAAAGGAUCCAAAAGUACUCAAGAUAUGUAGCCCUGAUCCAGUUAAAGAGGAUUGUAUUGAAAAAUACAAAUCUCAAGCACAAAUCAAUGAGCAACUACCUCUGGCAGUCAGUCCAAAAGAAGACUGUCAUGCCCUACAUAACAAUCAAAUCACUUUAAAUGACAAAAGUCUCAUUUCAAACAGUCCCUCAAGCACUGUAUCCACAGUUCAGCAAGCAUUUUUGGAAGAGGCUUGUUUUGCACUUGAUGGAAACUGUAUGAAGGCACCAUUGCUCGUCUCUGAGGAGAGGACCAAUUCUUUUGAUGAGUCUAACAUAGAUUUGUCUGAUCUACAGUCAAAGGAUUGCAUUGAAGCAGGAGUUCAAGAUAAAAUAUCAGACUUCAGUUUUGAUCUGGGUACUUCUAAUCAAAAAGAUCAGGAACGUGGAUCAACUGAUAGGAUUGCUGAGAAUACAACUAACCAUUACGACGAUAAAGACUCAUGUGAGACGGACAUAUCGAAAGAAACAGAUUUGAAAGAAGAUAAAGCCCCUGAGGUCGUGGACAGUAAAAAUAGUGAAGAUAGUCUUUCGUUUGACAUUGCUGAACAGCAUGCACAGCCACAAGAUGAGGUUCAAGAAGCCUGCCAGGGUCAAGAAAUGAUGCCACACUUUACUGGCAAUAUGAAUGGCACGUCCGUUCUGCUCAGUGAAGUUCAUGUUAAAUCUCAAAGUUGUAGUUUAAAAAGAGUGACCACUCAAGACACAUUGAUGUGUGAAGUGAAUGAACCACACAAACAAAAACUUUCAGAGUGUGCCUUUGGCAGCAGGUCCUCUACUCCCACUGUGGAUGAAAAGCCAUUUGAAGGCAUACCCAAUUCAACUAGCAGUAAUAGUUCUGUCCUAAGUAGUAGAAAAAGCUGUCAAAAUACUAAUCAGAAUUUUCCCAGACAAAGCUUGGCAGGGGUUGAUGAGCAGCCUUCUGAGCAAAAAUUUAAAACCGAUUCUAUCUGCAAAAAUGAUCUUUUUUCUGAUAUUAGCUUAAGAACAAUGAGAGUUAUGCAAAGUAUGGACCAAUUCCUUCUUGAAUCAAAUCCACUGAACAUGCCCAUCCAUGUAGAAACGGAUGGCAUGAACACUUCUAAUGAGAAGUUGGCUUUUACUUGCUCAACACCAAACCCAUUUUCUGGCGAGAAAAAAAAGGAAAUGGGCCAACAACUGGUGGUGGGUUCUUCAGUCAGCAAAGUACAAAAUUUCAAUCAAAUAUUGGUUGAUAAGAAUUUGUCAUCAACUGCUCAGAAUAAUAAUACAUGUGGGCUUAUGAUGAAAAAACACUCCAAAAGGCAGAUGUCAUCAAUUCCUGAAUCUAAGUUUGGAAAUGUUGAUGAAUACAAAACAUCUCUAGACCCUGAUUUUCAUUUCCAUGAAUCUGUAGUUUCUGCUAAAAGUUUGGAAAAAGGCUUUGACUCAGUUGAACCUACAACUUCACAUUUUGACCAUUCGUAUAUCCAAUGUCGGGAAAAAAUGUAUUUUAAAAACAGUUUGAUUCCAUUAUCUCCAUCUAGGCAGUUUCUUGAAUCUUCAGAAGUUUCCACUGAUUUUGUUGAAAGUCCACGUUUUUUGGUUCAACAAUUGAAGGAAACAGAUGAUCAGACCACCAAAAGUAGAAAUGAGAAAGACCUCACAGACAAAACGCAAAUGUGUUUCAAAGAAGACGCUUCAAGUGAUGGCAGUCAAGAUCCAUCAGCUUCAAGCUCCCUUGUGUGCACAGUUUUCAAUACUGAUAGGAAGAAACAUUCUUUUCUGGAGCAUCUCUCUCAAAGGUGUCUAUUUGAAGACCUCACUCAAGCAUCAAUGGAGCAAGAGUGCCUUAUUUUUCUGGAGCAAAUGAAAAAUCUCCUAAAAAAGAGUAAAAGGACACAAAUCUGUCACAAAGAAACUCAUGACAGGUUAAGGAUGCCAUGUACCAGUCCUAUGACAGUCAAGUUUUCCAGUCUAGAAGAUCAAGAAGACUCAUCUGAUUUAUUGGACACGUCGCUCUUAGGCCAAAAGAUAAAGGUUGACAUUUCCAAAAGAAAAGACCUAACUGAGGAAAAAGGCAAUACACUAGAUACCCACAAUCAGUCUCAAGUACCCAGAAACCCAUUGAAUUGUACUUGGGUGUCUAAUGUCACAUCAGAAUGUGCAAAGCUGUACAAGGCAAGGAUGAAUGAAGUAUGCUCUGCCAAGAAGAGAAUGUCUAAAUCUAAAACCUUGAGAGUACAACAGAGUCCCUCAGAUACCAAACAAAAUGAACAUUUUGAUGUCUGUGAUAAAAUGAAGAAAGAGUUGAGUAAGACUUUCCAAAGUAAUCUAAAUGCCGUUGUGAAGAAAUCCUGCAAGACAAAGAACAGAUUCUUCAUACUGAUAACAUCUGAUGACCACUUUUUUAAAGAAACUAAGGCACAUUUGGAAAUGGAGGGCCAUAUUGCUGUACAACCCUCUAAAUUCUUUAUUUGUGAGGAAAAUUCUACAUCUCUUCUUAUUAUCCUCAAAAAUGAAGACAUUGCAGAGCACAUUUGUAAGGUUCCUCACUUACUCAAACUGAAGAUGUCUCCAGAUGUGCAGUUUACCGGAAUUGAUGAACCAGACGAUGUUGUGAAUCUAACCUAUCAGGAGCUUUUCACACGGGGUGGCUUUAUACUACUUAACAAAUCAGUGCUAGAGCCUCUUAGCCUAUGCAACAUGAAAAAAAUAUCUCAAAUUUUGCAAGAGCUAAGUGGAAUGGGAAAGUGGAAGUGGAUACUCCACUACAAAGACAGCCGUCGUUUGAAAGAAAAUGCAAGGCUGAGUAAAGAAGCAAAUGAUAUGAAGAAACACCUCAACUGGGGUCUAGAUGCUGGAAUCCUUGAGGUCCUGCCCUACCAUGAGUGCGACUUGAUGUCCAAAGAUCAACCCGACUAUCUCAAGUGCUUGCUCCAUCUCCAAGUCCAGAAUAUAACCUAUCGUUAUUCUGUUUUCAUUACUGAUGCAGAAGAUGGCGCCUUUGAGAAAAACGGCAUUCUGACGAUGACUCUGAACACUUUCCUGACAAAGUUUUCAAGUGACUGCCUUUAAAAUCAGAGGUGUCAAACUGACAAAAGUUUGACUACGUGACCAAACAACAAUUCUAAGUGUGGUUGUUGUGGAAUGAAUUUAUUCACCUAUUUUUUAUUGCUUUAGUUAUAUUUCAACGAAAAACUUUCGUUAAACAACAGUACUGCUUGUAGAUUUUUAUUGUAUUUUUAUUUAAUCUUUUUCUAGUUUCAGUGUCCAUUUAUCGCAAAACUGGAAUUAAUUGAAGGUGUGGCAGAUUUGCCAAUAUGUUGGCAGCUAUGCUGUUUUAAUUCUCUUGUUUUAUGUAUAUAUUGUAAAUUAUUUGGUAACAUUCUUGAGUAUUUAAAUGUUUUCCUGAGAAUUUUGACUAUUAAAAAUUGCUCUAGUGUAAAUUUUCUAGUAUUGUAUAGAUUUAACGUUAUUUGUAAAGCUAAAGUGUUCAAUCGUUUUAAAUAAAACUGUGUUCCUAAAAAAUUGUCAACCCUGAGUAAACGAGUAAACCCUUUCAACACUUCUA